CUUUAAAUGGUUUUGGCCUGGCCAUUGGAACCAUGGACAUCAUAGGAGCAGUCUUCUUUGAGCUGAUGAUCAUUUGCAUGUUGUGUCGUCGCUCCUCUAAGAAACAGCAGCAAACAGAUGUGGCAACUCUUUAUGGCCAAGCAGUUGGCUCUCGAAUGUUGUGGAUUUAUCUGAUCCUAUUGAAUAUCUGGAUACUGGCCUCAACUCUUUUGGUCUUUGGUAUUCUUUGGCACAAGUCACAAUUGCUUCUCUUCUGGCUCUUCUGGUGUCUGGGUGGUUUGAUAUUUGAUGUUGUGUUUGUACUCUGGUGGCUCUGGGAAAUGAUCUCAGGCGAUGCUAUUGAAGCCUUGACCAACAUUUUGAUCUCCAUGUUAACUAUGUCCAUUGAAUUUGGUUUCAUUUAUGUGGUUUACAAUGUUUAUAUGAAUUUAUCGCAGUCACCCGUUGGACAAUCAAAUAACGAUUCAUUGUUGAGCUUUGCAAACUUUAUAUUUUAAUUUUCACAUAUAUA